UGGCAAAUCAGCCACAUCGUCUUCCGAAAGUGCUAAUAUCUUUCAAAGUAAAAAGGAUAAAGUGGCAUCUAUUGCUACAAAAAUUGUGGACAACUGGGAAAAUGAAGUAGUUAGUCCUGGUUUACGGGCUGGAUAUGCAUUAGCUUCAUUGAUCUGUUUUACUCCUCAAAUUAAUGAUUUUGAUAAAUUGAAAUUGCAAACAUCAUACGAAAUAAAAGAUCUCAAAGCGACAAGAUUCUAUAAAUUGAUGGCAAACGCUAUUCAGGAUAUUAAAUUAACUGAUCAUUGGUUAAUUCGAUUAGGCAUUGUAACGGAUUGGUGCAAUUUUUUUGAAAAGGGCUUGCAAGUGUUGUAUGCGACAGCCGAAAAGAACGGAAACGAAGAGAAGGUUUUAAAGAUUUUGGUAGAUGAUUUAAUGAAUCGACUGGGUGACGCAAGGUUCCCUGUUGCUUGUCAAAAUAUAAUUUUAGCACUUACAGGUUUAUGCCUCGCACUCAAGUCGUUAAAUAUAUCAUCAAGUCAACAAUACGCUAUAAUCACGUUGGGUCAUUUCUUGGACCAUUAUUUUGUUGAUGCGAGUUUGUCUGUCAAGCACCAAUACGAACAUCAACACCAGGAUUCAAGCCUUAUCGCCAGCGAUGACGUUCAAUUUGCUGUCGCAAUGGCUUUAGGGUAUUUAUCCAGUUUAGUAAUUAUGAAUGAAAAAUUAGUACAGGAAGUGGUUGAUACUUUAGUCACAAAGUUAAGUGAAGAUAAAAAUUCUACAACAGGAUGGACUUUAUUUGGUGCAGGAUAUUCACUUGGAACACUUUUAUCAUAUCUUGCUUCAUCUCCAAUGAAGACGUCUUUAAUGUCAAACAUUUGUUCGCAAACAGUGUCAUUUCUUUACGAUUUCAUUUCAAAUACACCUUCAGAUAAUUUGGAGCAAACUAAUUCGCGUUUAGGCAUUAUGAUUGGAUUGUCAAACGUUGAUUGUGAUGACGAACCAGAGGUCGAACGAAUAUAUCAAAUGGCGCUAUCCGAUUUAAAGGAGUUUGUCGAAAGUGAUGGAAAGGUUGAUGAACGUAUCAAAAAUAGGAUUGCUGGAUCCACAUGGUUUGUUAGUUUUUCGAGAGGUAAAAGCUUAAACGAAGAAAUUAUUGAAAUUUUGGAAAAAGCAACAAAGAUUUCGGGUGCUAAAAGUGAAAUGUCCGAAUAUUAUUUUCAUUUUUCACAAUCUUAUUCGCAUACUUUACAAGAUAUUCUCCAAGUAAAGCAAUUGUCGCGUAACUUAUCAUCGUUUAAUGCACUUAUAAAUUCAUGUACUCGCAUGCUCACGACAGUUGGUACAAAUUCAUCGAAACGGCACACUGCGUUGAUAACAAUAGGAUCACUUGCAGCUCCUGCUACUAUUGUUAUGCAAGUUUUGGAUGCUUUGCAGAAUGUUGCAGGACUUGGGUCACAUGCUUUAUCAUCAGGAAUGACUAUGAGCGAUGUUAAAGGUGGAAGAUUAGCUGUAAUUAUUUUGGGACAAUUAAUGCAGGUUAUCGAAAGAAUAUCUGAAGACACCGCGAUGCUUAUUGGUGAUUCUGCGAGAUCUGUUACAAGCAGUACUGAACCUAAAGACUAUUCCAGAUUACCUGCUUCAAGUUAUUUGAAGUUUAUGUUUGAUCAUCUUGUAGAGCUUUCAUUAGAGAAUCGCCCAUCAGACUCAUCUAUUGAAGCAGCGAGUUUGAUUAUUUCCACAUUCUCUAAAAUAAGUACUAUUCUUCCUCCAGUAAACUGGUUUCCUCUUCUUGUGCGAUUCAAUAAACCUACUUAUAUGAAAUUUGAUUUGAGAACUCAAAUCGUUAUAAUGGCAAUACGACAUUGUUUUCGUUCAGUAUCAUUAAUGGAAUUCCUUGUACAUACAUUAACCGAGUUCCCAAUUAUAUGUUCAGAUGAUAAUGUUGAUAUAAAAUUUAAAACAUUACUUAUUUGUGAAGGACUUGGGAAAAUUCUCGAAUUAUGUGGAUUUGAAAAAGUCACUCAAACAACUAAUGAAGCAGAGGACAAGCAAUCUACUCAAAUGCGAGGAGUAGAAAGUAUUGCAAAAAAAGUAGUAGUACCAAAUUUAAGAGUAUUGGAUAUUGUUGAUAAAAUGACAUCUUGUUUAUUUAGUAAUUCAGUUAGUCCCGAAAAUAAGGAACUACAAGAUAUGCUCCUUACCACAAUGAAUGAAUAUAUUUCAGUAACAAGCACCAAAGACGCACCAUCUGCUGGAACCUUGGUUUCGCUUCAACAAGAACUUAUUGAGUUAUUGAAA